AUGCCCCUCAGCCCAACAGCCAUUGGAGUCACAAUAGGUUGGAUUGUCAUCAUUGUGCUUGUUAUCACGCUACCACGCCAGGCCAACCCGAACCAACAGCCCGAGCAGACUCGCCGACGCUUCCCCAAACCAGCGCGGGCGGCGGGCGGCUAUGAGGUCACGCUCAACGAGCGCCCGGAGGCCCGACUUGGCGCGCACACGUCGUCCUCUUCUUCCAUCGAACCGUCUUGCUCGCCCAUCUACUCUCUAACCAUGCCGAUCUACGUCCGAGAACAUCGCCCGCUCUGGACGCCCCCCGCGGACGCGAAACCAGACAAGGAACGGCAACAGGCGGUGUUUCGGGCUUACCAGACCCACAAAAUGGUCACAGCCCAUGCAAUCGACACGGAUGGGGCUCUGCUCAUUUCGCCUACCGCCCCGUUCAUCCCCUCGCCGCCGUCAACAACGGACACGCCCGUUACUUAUGCGGAUGGCAGGCUAGGGGAGCACGACUGGACGGAGGUCCCGCAGCCGUACACGGCAGGUAUGACUCAUCGCGCGUUCGUUCACAGCAGCGCGUCAAGCAACGAGCACGACCCAGUGUACGUUCGCUUGGAAGAUGGCGUCAAUUUCGACACGGCGGACUAUUUCACCCGGAGAGGGCGAGUCAAUGGCGACCUCGUGGAUGCCCUCCUCGCACUGUACGCCAGCGAGCGUCAAGCCACACGGGACACGUACGUGGUAGGCAGUCCGAUGCCUCCGUUGUUUGGACAGGAUCAGGAAACCCUCACGACGCUCCUCCGCCUUCGAAGGAGCCCCACGGACCUCGAACACGCUCGCAUCGACCUGGCGCGUGUCCAGCGACACAUCCUCGACAUGCGCAGCCUCACGGCAUACCGGACGUUUCAACAGUACUGGGACGCCGGUCUGCUGCAAUACCCUCUCCCUAACCAGCGCACGGUAGGGAUCUGGCUGGACGACUCGGCCGACGCGUUAGUGCGCCGUAAAAAGCUAAUGUACGUGGGAGUGCAGUGCUGGUACCGCACGAACGGAGACGGGAUCGAGUGCGCGGGCCUCCAGGUACGCACGGCGCCCCUACCGCAAUCUCUGUCCACCGAGUUGUGGGACUGCAACAUUCACCACCCCAGCGCGGUCAGCACUCGCGACAACCACCCCCCUAGUCAACAUCACCGCCGCCAACCCGAGGCCCCCCCUAGAUUGCAUCACGAGGGCAGACGGCGGCGGGACAGCCGGUCUCUAUCACCCCGGCCCGAGCAACGCCGACGCCGCUCUCCAUCCCCCGACCGUCACCGUCGGAGGGAUAGCAGAGACGGGAGAACUCGAGGCCGCAGCCAAUCAAUUGUGCCAUUAGCGGCGCGCUUGUCGGACCCGGUAGAGGACCGCCCUCAACCCCGGGGUCGGCGGGACACGCAAAGCCAGCACCGCGACCGCAGUAAAUCCCCUGUACGCAUCAGUGACGAGCACAGGUCGCUCCUGCAACGCCUCAACCUGCGUCAGGACCAAGGUUGGAGCGCGCCAACCACUACUCGAGUCGGAACGGUCAACACGCACCUGGCAAGUCGAGCACCACCGCCCAGCGACGCCGAGCUCUACUCGCAUAAACCGGAAGGGCCGUACCUAUGGGGAGCACCGGAUCGGGACGUCACGUUCUUACGUCCGGGCUCUACGCCGUCGGAGGUCGUCACGGAUGAUCAAGGCUACCCGUGCCGCACCUCUAUUCCGAUACGAUCAGGACUGGAGGUCUUCCUCUUCCUGUCCACACCUUUCGAGAUCGACACCCGCGUGAAGCCCCUGCGCCUGCCAUGGGAGACGGACGACGGCCCCGCACCGGUCAUUACGCCUGUCGACAAGUACCCCGUCCCGCCGCCGGACAUUCUGCGAGAUGGCAAGCUGGCGGUGAUGCGCGCCCUGCUCUGGGACAGUAGGCAGUACAAGUACAUCGAGCAGCUCCGGGAAGUCAAGCCGGAAGACGCCGAUGAAAAAUGGCGCACCGCUGCGAAAUGGGGCGACCGUCUCAAGCCAGGCGCCGACUAUAUGUCGCAGGUGAAAGGACUGGACACCGUAGUCAACGAGGUCGCGAUGGAGAAAUGUGGCAUCCAUCCAGUCCCCGUCGAACGCCGCAAAGCCAACCUUUGGGAGCUCGACACGUUCCUCUUCCGCACCGACUUCGAGCGACUCACGGCGCACAUGCACAAGGGACUCAGAGAGGCACCAACACGGGACCGCCCGCGGGUGUGGGCACGCGUCCGCGACAGCGUUCGCAGGGUGUUAUGGGGCGUCGAGCUGGACUACUACCCCGAUAGCCGGGAAUCCGCGUUCCUCGACAGCACGGACGACCUCUAUCGCCUCCGCUAUUGGCGGGCGGUCGCACGCAUCAUGGAGAGCUGGGACCUAUCCGCUCCAAUGCUGACGCGCAUACGAUCCACGACGGGGGGCUCUGUGAGGGAGCUGGAGUACCAGCUCGUCACGAUGUUCCGAGCGGUCCACCGAGAGGAGUUGGGUCGUGAACCGUAUGUUUUCAGGCAUCGUAGCGCCCUCGGGCUUAUGUAAGCAAGCAUAUAGCGUAGGCGUAGCAUCGUGGGAAAUACAUCUUCUUUCGCAUUGUCUUUCCUUUUCUCUCUGCUAGGCUGGUCUCGGUUCCCCGCGCUGACCGGCUACGGCUGCUCGCCCGCGCUGUACAUAGGUGAGAGUCCUACCUCUGCAGGUCCGCUCCCGGUAGCCAGCCUCGCGAGGACGCGACCCGAGGCCGAGCAAGCUCGCCCUCCUGGUCGUCGCCGAACCGCGACUCGCUAAGAGUCCCGCUUCACGCUCCUCCCUGCCCCGCUGGAUCGCCAGCUUCCAGGGUCCCGAGGAGCACUGUUCGCCCGACGGGCAUCCCGGCACGUCCCGACCUGCCUCGGGCUUCACA